GCCGGUAUCACCCAUGCUAAACUCAGGGAGAAUGGAGGAAUUCGUGACCGAAGAGGAAGAGCCGUGGUACGACCAGCAGGACCUGGAGCAGGACCUCCACUUGGCGGCCGAGCUGGGAAAGACUCUGCUUGAGAGGAACAAGGAGCUGGAGGACUCCCUGCAGCAGAUGUACAUCACUAAUGAAGAGCAAGUGCAAGAGAUCGAGUACCUGUCCAAGCAGCUGGAGGUUCUGCGGGACAUGAACGAGCAGCAUGCCAAAGUGUACGAGCAGCUGGACGGGACUGCCAGAGAGCUGGAACGCACCAACCACACACUGGUGAUGGACAGCAAGGCCUCGCAGCAAAAGAUAGAGACGCUAACAGGGACCAUUGAGGCUUUGCAGAACCAGGUGGAGGCUCUCUCAGGGCAGGUGGAGCAGCUUCGCUCCAUGGAGCAGCUCCGAGUCAGGAGGGAGAAGCGGGAACGACGCAAGACCAUCCACUCCUUCCCUUGCCUGAGGGAGCUUUGCACAGCACCCAGGUAUGAGGAUGAGUUUGUGGUGGGCAGGGCUGAGAGUUUUUCCGUGGACGUGAAGCCUCACCCGUUUGAAGAGGAGAACCAGCAUCUGAGGGAGGCGGUGUCGGCUCUCCGAGCGGCUGUGCGGGCCGAGAGGGGGCGCAGAGAGGGUGUGGAGAGGGAGUGCAACCUCCUCAUCGCAGAGUUCUCCCGGCUGCAGACACGAGUGCAGGAUGCUGAGAGCUGCCAGGGGAGGGUGCGGGAGUUAGAGGUAGAGCUACAGGAGCUACAACAGCUACGUCGGGCUCGGACUUUCCUGCUGAGCAGCGAGGAUGAUGGCGUGGCUCUUACCCAGACUGUCCUCAACAGCACCCCCGAGACUGACACCUUCCUGGAGGUGGAGGUCGGGGAGACGGGAGGGGGUGUGAGGGAAGUGACUGAAGGCGGAGGAGGUGUGGGAGGGGAGGCUCUCCCAGAGUCCAGCCCCGUGAGGAAAAGCUGCAGCGACACAGCGCUGAACGCCAUCGUGGCCCGCGACGCAUCCGGUCGCAGGAGAGGCAGCUACGCUCUCCACGCCAACAGCGUGAGGAAGAGGGGGAUGUCCAUCCUCAGGGAGGUGGAUGAGCAGUACCACGCCUUACUGGAGAAAUAUGAGGAGUUGUUAGGGAAGUGUAGGCGCCAUGAGGAGAGCCUGUGUCACGCUGGUGUCCAGACUUCCAGACCCGUCUCACGAGACCCGUCCAUGAAAGACUGUGCCAUGGGCCCCACCCCGGCGCCUCCCCCUACCCCUACCCAGUCGCCCUCCACCCCUGAGGCCAUUGAGAGCAUCAGCAAGCAGGUGGAGGCAGUGGAUAAGAGGCUGGGACAGAACACUCCAGAGUACAAGGCCCUUUUUAAGGAGAUCUUCUCUCGUAUCCAGAAGACCAAGAUGGACAUCAAAGCGACCAAAGCUGCUAAGGCUAGCAAGUCUGGCAAAUCUGGCAAAUCUAGUAAACAGUAAUGGUACGCUGGUUGGCUCUAGAGAGGACCAUAAUGUGCUAUUUCAGUGUUAAGCGCUGUAGUAUGUGAAUGGGGCUUGGUGUAAAGAUUAUUACAGAGGGUGCUAUUUCAAAAACCGCUAAAUUCAAGUACAGUUCAGCUCAGUCAAGAUCUACUCAGAGCGCUGAAACCUUCCAGCAUACACAAGGAUCUGAUUUGCAUGUGAUCUAGGCUAUUUUAAAACGUAGCAGAAUUCAGUCAUACAGUAUAUAUAAAAUGUGGUUUGUUAAGAAUUAGUUGUGUUGAACUGAGUUCACCACCCUCAUAUUCAGCGUCCCUACUAAAUAUAUACUGGCGUCACUGCCUUACUACGUCAGGCAUUUACCACAAUACCAUAAUAAAGCAAUAUGCCUCAUGACCCUCACAAGUGCACUAAAUGUUAAAGCUUCACUAAAACACUACAAAACUGCAUCUCUGAUGAAAACAUGAGUGGAAAUCUAAAUCUAAUAUUAACAUGAACUGUAUCGGUUAUGUUUAUUAUAAUGGACUCUACUAACAUUUGUGUAAUUGCAAUUAGAAAGACAAAGAUUGAUCCUCUCAGGCCACAGUGUUGGCUGUCUCUAGAAUGAACUCGAGGUGCUAAUAAUUCUCCUCUCAUUACGUAUGCGUCACUAUACAAAUUAACACUUUUCCAAGUUGAAAUUAGCCUUUUUCUACUGUCUUGCGCUGUUCUCUCUGUGUGACCUUACUACUGCUUUUCUAAAGUUUGUGGUGCCUCACCCUUUUGUCUAGAGAUUUCAAGGAAAUCCUGAAAGUUCGAUGAAAAGGCUAAAGUACGGUAAAUAUGAAGCUACAGCCACCAGCCAGUUAGCCUAGCUUAGCCUAGACUGGAAAAUGGAGAAACAGCAGAAACAACACAGUGUUGUUGUUUUUGAAUGAAUUAACUAAACAACAUACAACUUGCUGAUAAGAGACCAUUAGAGACACUGUUUGUCAGCUGGACAGAGCCAAGCUAGCUGUUUCCCCCUGUGUGAAGUCUUUAGCUUAGCAAGCUAACUGGCUACAGGUCAUAGCUUCUUAUUUAGCAUACAGGCAUGAGUGUGGUAUCGGUAUUCUCAUCUAACUGUCAAAAAGAAAGCAAAUAAGGGUGUUUCCUCAAAUGUUGAACUAUGUUGAAGUAAUGUGGAACACUUACAUUCUUCUUUCAGUCAGAAUGUGCAGAUGCCUUUUGAGUUCAAGUGUAAAGGGAUGCUAACUUCCGGAAAGGAAGCCAGACUGGAAGCUGAAUUUACAUUUAUAAAAUAAGUACCUUCUCCCUCCACCGUGUUAAAGUCACUUCAGCUCUCUUAUGAGUGCUGAAGUGUGUCUUCAACUGGACUACAUCAGCCCAUCGGGGCAAAAAUAAAAUCACUCAGUAAAAUACAGGAAGCAUUAUUUAUUCUUAGUAGUGAUGAUAUCUAGAGUAUUGGAUAUAGUUAAGAUAGUUGUGCCUGUUGUGAUUUGAACAUGGAGGAGUGAUGAUCCCAUUAAAUACUAAAUAGCUGCUGUCUUGCAAAAGACAAUCUCUGCAGAUUGUUAUUUUCACUAUUUCCUGGGCAUUAAGGACACUCAUCAUACAGAACAUAAACAUCUUGAAGGCUGUGAUGUUGAGUUGUCUCUAAUAAUGGUGUUGCACCAUAUGCAGUAUAAGCAUUUUUGUUUGUUGGAGAAACAGAUCAGUCAAUGACAAAUAGGAAAAAUACAUGAAAGAGGCGUAAUUCUUGAUUGCCAGUGGGAUAAAAAAGCAGCCUCUGAAUGAAGACAGCAUGGACAUUAAAAACACACAGGACUGUGGAUCCCAUAUGGUCCAGUGGGGAAAUAUUCUUAGGAGCUUUUUUAUACAAAUGUUGAGACUGAUUUCCUUUAAUUAUAGCUACACAGACACACUGUAUAGUAGAAGUGUAACCAGUAUAAGGCUUCAAACCAGGGCUUUGUCUAAUACCUAGCAGUCUUACCAAAUUAUAAACUAACCUGCAAACAUAUUGCACCUUUUUUCACAAUAUACAAUACCUAUGCCUUUUUUCUGGGUAACCUCCAAUGUAGAAACCUUUGUUGUAAUGAAUGUUAUUGCAGCUAAUUUUAUAUCUGAUUCUUCAGCAAAGUUGAAGACAUAGUCAAGCUUGAAACCUUUCACAAAUGGCACAGCUGACACCAGAGGGACCCUACAUUCGUGUUUGAGGGUUUUGUGUGUAAAAAGAGUGUAGGAUGGAUGUUUGUCUGGAACCUGGUCCUGAAAUCAGAGAGGAAUCUGUUACCUCUGGAUGAAGUAAAGGUUAAUUUACAGUUGCAGUAAUGAAAUUCUGUUGGACAGCUGUGGUGUAUGAAGUGCAUUUGAGGUAAAUGCGCUUAUCAUUUUGAAUGAUUCAAGCAUGUGGAGGGAGGAGUGUGUGUUAGCAUAGACAAAACAAUGUCAAACCAGAGCCUGUUAUCAUAAUUAAAGGCUCUUGAGGUUUCUGUACUGUAAUGUCUUACCUAUUGCACUUGCAAAUGUUUGAUGCCUCAUCUUUUGCGUAUUUAGGAUAGCUCAUAUGAAAUUGUAGCUGUGUAUUUAUUUGUGUGUGAAUGUUUUUUUUCAUUUUCUUUUUACUUUUUCAGUGCCUAUUUGUGAAUGUCACUAACAAACUGUCAGAAUAAACAUAUUUAAUUUGCUUUUCUUAUAUUAUCCAGUUUAAAUGUGUGCAUUAUUAGUUAAUAAGAUAUUGGCAUUAAAGUUUAGUCUGCUCUUGUAUUACUUCACAUCAUUACUGAACUAAA